AUCACAGUCAACCAAAGUUUGUCUGGUCUGCAGAUGUUCAUUCAGCAGCGUCUCUCACAGUGAGUCCUGACAGAGUGCAACACUUCACCUCUGACUCUGUCUCACUGACCUGUGAGGGAAACUUCACUGAGUGGAGAGUGAGGAAGUUCUCUGAGGACGGCCGACUGUACUCUGACUGUAGGAGAAUGACUGGAUCCACAUGUAACAUCAACACAUCAAAGUCAGAUACUGCAGUGUACUGGUGUGAGUCUGGAUCAGGAGAGUUCAGCAGUGCAGUCAACAUCACUGUACAGAAUGAUGGUAAUGGUCCUAUCCUGGUGAGUCCUGUUCAUCCUGUGACUGAGGGAGCUUCUGUUAGUCUGAGCUGCAGUUUGAGAACACAAAAAAUACUUUCCAAUGUGUUUUUCUAUCACAAUGACAAACUUAUUCAAAAUGAUCCCCGAGGGGAGCUGAAGAUCUCUGCAGUGUCAAAGUCUGAUGAAGGUUUCUACAAGUGUCAGUACUCAGGAAGAGAGUCAGCACAGAGCUGGAUGUCAGUUAAAGUAACUGUGUCAGGAGCUGACAGCUCUUCAUCUCCUGUGUGGUUGAUGGUUGGACUGGUUUGUGGAGUCUCUCUCAUUAUUAUUCUCCUGCUCUUGUUGUAUCGCUGCAGACAGUCCAAGUGUGCAGAUGAACCCCCAGAUGUCAUUUACUCUAAUAUUGAACUUGAAAACUUUGGAAAUAAGUGGAAGCAUCAUAAACCAGAGCAGAGUGCUGUUUACACUAAUGUGAAGACGGGAGCUGCAGAGGACAGUCUGAUGUAUGCUGAGGUCAAACAGCCCAAAAAACAAAAAGCCAAGAAAAACAAAGGAAAAUCAAGUCCUGCAGCUGAUGCAGCAGUUUAUUCUGAAGUCACAUCAGGAAGCUCUCUCAGUCAGUGAGGAGAGCUGUAGCAGCAAAGCCAAGAAGAAGCUUUUUAUGAAGCCACUCUUGCUCCUCUGCUCCCCAAAUAUCAGACAUGCUCAGCUUUAUGUACAGUUACAAUAUUAAAUCAUAAUAUCAUAUAGACAUAUUGCUCUCUUUUAGUAUAAAACAAAUGGAGGUGUAUUCAUAUUUAAUAUUCAUGCUCUUUAUAUUCAGUUAUAUUUCAUAAAGACUUUGUAAUAAAGCUUCAAUGUAUCUAACAUGUUCCAACAGCAGUGAGAACAAAGUGUGAAAUAUGUGAUCUUUAGUAUCUGACAGCACAACUUAAAGUCAGUGUUUGCAGUGUUUCACAAGUAAAUACUGAUAUGGGACCAACAAAUACUUUAACUGUGUUUGUCUAAAGAUCUCCUACAUUAUAUAAAUAAGAAUAAAAUCAUAGGCAGUGAAUACAUUUAAAUGUAUUUCAUUUAUAUUUUUGUGUUUCUGAUCAUUUUAUGCUUCUGUAGUUAGAAGGUAGAAAUAAAAUCUUUUUACAUUUUAACAUUUUAUCUUUAUGUUUG